CAUUACUGUGUCACACGGGUCAAAGUGUUAUUGCGCGUAAAACUCCGCCUUAAACAAACAUGCACUAGAUAUCCUCAUCAUAGUUCAACUCUCAGUUUUGCCAGUGACUGAGUUAUAUUUGGGAGUAAGGAGGAGUCUCUGCACUCGUGAGGAUGGAGAGCUCUGGUGACCCCAGUGGUCCUCCACGGACGCCGCAUGUAGGGGGUUCCAGAGGGUUACCGAUGGGCCGACGGCUGCCUGCUUCAAUCUCCCCGGGACGCCUCUCCACAAUGCGCUCCAGAGACCUCACGUUAGGAGGAGUCAGAAAGAAAACCUUCACGCCCAAUAUUAUUGGUCGAAAAUCAAAAGAGGAAUUAAAGGCUGAUGUAGGAACGAGACGGGAUAAGAAGGAUGUGGAUCGAGGUCGGCAGCGGGACGGCCGAGGGAGGGGCCGAGGUCGCCCUGAGGUCAUCCAGUCCCAUUCUAUCUUUGAGCAGGGACCUGCAGAGAUGAUGGCCAAGAGGAAAGGUAAAGCAGGUCUUUAG